AUGUAUCGCGGAAACUUUAACAACCGGUGAGUUGGAGGAAAAAUAGAAUAUCCUGAUUGACAAAAGACGUUUACAGAUUGAGAAUUGGUGUUGUCUACACAGAUGGUGCUUGCAUUCGAAAUGGACAACCUGGAGCUUCAGCUGGUUGGGGCUAUUUUUGGCCGAAAAGUGGAAUCGAAGAUCAUGGUCAUCUUCCGGGAAUUCAACAAACCAAUAAUCGAGCCGAAUUGUUUGCAGUUUAUAAAGCUCUUCAAUCGGUAAGUUGCUAUUAUUUUUUUCGCAAAAAUAAGAUGUUGGAAACGCGCUCCAGUGAACUUUUCGUUGCAAGAUAUAUCAGAACCAGAUCACAUCUCCCUUUAAACUCCGCGCUUGUGACAAUAUUCGUGUUACAGGCUCACGACCAGGAGCAUCGAUUGGAUAAAGUGAUUAUUCGAACCGAUUCUGAUCUUCUCGUCAAAACCAUGACAAUCUACAUCAACAAAUGGAAAAACAACAAUUGGAAGAGAUACGAUGGAAAACCAGUCAAAAAUCGAGAUGUUGUUGAAUUAAUCGAUUCGUUGGAAAGCAACUUCCAAGAGGUAUUUUUCUGUUAUCAAACAAAAUAUUUUAAAUGCUUCAGGUUGUCUAUGAACAUGUUCCUGCUCACAAUGGAGUACACGGAAAUGAACGAGCCGAUUUUUUGGCAAAACAAGGAGCCAGAAUGUCAGAUUUUUCGGAUUCUGAUGAUUCAUAUUAA